GGGAUGUCCAAUCCUGCUCCUGGAGGGCCGGUGUCUCUGCAGAGUUUUAUUCCAACCCUAAUCAAACACACCUGAUCAAGCUAAUCAAGGUCUUACUAGGCAGACUAGAUGCUUUGAGGCAGAUGUGUUGAGGGAAGUUUUAGCUAAACUCUGCAGGAGGACACCUGCCCUCCAGGACCGACUUUGGACACCCCUGAAUUACAGCAAUUGUAAAUAGUUGAACCUUAGCAAUAUGUGGACACACCAAACAUGCAAAUUCAAACACACACAUGCUCAUACACGUUUUUACAUUGUACUUACAUUAAAAAAAUACCUGCAUGUACAUUUGUAAUAUAUAUUUGUAAUUAUACUGUUGACUACUGACUCAGAAAUGUUUUACAAUGCAACAUAAACACAAAAUUACUUUUUACAAGACAAUUAUUUGUUUUGUCGUAAGUACGUAGUAGUUAAAAUGUUACCAAUAUUGUUAGUAAUUUAUCAUUCUUCUAAGGGAAGAGUAAAAGAAAACCCUUAGUCUUUAAUCUAGUUGGAUAAGAUAGUUUUUAAAAUAAUAAACCAAAUAAUAAGCCAAACAAUAUUAAGAAAAAUAUCCUUAUCAGUUAUUUGAAGGCGGGUUUAAUGUUGUUGACUACUCUUUUCAACAUUUAAAAAAUCACUUGGCUUUUUAACCUUUUAAUUUAUUGAGUUAAAUCUACACUCUUGGAGCUUUCAAACAAUAUACAGUUUGUCAUGAUUAGAUAAGAAUUCAUAUGCAAACAUUGAAGUAAAUUCGGGGCGGCGACGCUUAACAGUCUAAUACAACAAAAGAAACAUGUGGCCCCAUAUUAUUUCAAAUAAAUUGAUUUGGGAAGAGGUAUCUCUGUCAGUGAGUUAAUUAAUUUGUUUGUUUGUGUUGUCUGUUUUUCAGCCAACAAUGUUCGUGAUGUCAUAAGGCGUUAUAAAAGGCUUUUGAAGCUGACAAAACGUGGAGCAACCAUGACAAAAGCAUUCCGAAAAGAAGGUGUGUCUCGGAAUGCAGUUGCCCAGCUCGCUCCCAUCGCAGAACUGUAUUUUGCUGACAGAGCACAAUUUAACAGCAUCACCUUCACUCCAGGAAAACUAGCGGAGUUUGCACAAAAGUGCAAAGAACACAUUAUAGGAGAUGUUCUAAGAAAGGUCCUAUCAAUGAAAGCGAAAGGCUCACUUUUGCCUUUUUGUCUAAAUAAAUGAUCUGUUAAAAAGCUUCUUAGCUAUGUUCGCUGUUCACUGUAAGUAUGUUUAAAAAGUAGAUAUCAUUAAAGCUCACGUAACACACGCUGUUUCUGCAUUUCUGAUAUUAAUCUGGAGUACCUAUGGAGUAGUAUGACAUCCUUUAUAUCUCUGAAGAGUCUUUAGUUUAAUCAGAUUUAUAAAAGAAAGAUAAGCUUUACCGAAUCUUUCCGAUAACGUACGAAAAAAUGAAGAAGGAGGAGUUAUAACACGGGAGGAGCGAGUACGAGUCAUGCAACACUAUACAACACUGUUUUAACUUAUGAUUCACUACAUGUUCGUGUCAUUUAUAUAAUAUACACCCGCCUAUUUCCAACAUAAGACAGAAGUCUUACUUACCACGUGUAACUCGUCAUGACCCGGUUCUGGAAAUCCACCGCAUCAAACACACACGCAAAACUCCGCUGCUAAUCCGGAUUAUAAACUAUAUCCAUUGUUUCCAUAAGGCUGGAUGUCUUCUCCUUACAUCCAAAAACACACUUCUUGUUGUGCCAUUGUUGACUUUUGAAAUUAAACAAAGCUGAGUGGCGUGAUAAGCUGUUAGCAAGCUCUAGCGUCUCCCGCUGACUGACGGCUGGGCGGGGUUUUCCGGGGGAAGUUUUCCGGCGGAAGCCCAUAUAAAGAAGUGAUACGUAUCGAAAACCCCUGAAACGUCAGUUAGAACCGUAAUCGAAAAAAAUUAGCCGAAACUUGUACGAACCCUGGCGAAGUGCAUUCGGCACAGAAAUACUCUGAAACACGCCCAACUGCAUUUUUGACACUUUGCCUACGUUUAGCAUGAGGAAACAACUCUAUAACUGUGUUAAUAAGUCAGAAUGCUUGAAAUACCAUUAAACCCCCCCUUUAACAGUUAGUAUUAAUAACAUUGUUUGAACUGAAGUGAACAUAUGCUUACAAACCCUUUUUGUCAUUCUAGGCAGACUUUUGUUUCCACACUCAAAAAAUAAACUUGGGCAUGUGUUGGAUUAGCUUAUUAGGAGUUUGCUUAAAUUACAUGAAUGAAUGGGGUUUAUCUUCUUUAAAUGAUUCAUUCUUGUCUGUAAAACGUGAUUAAAAGUAAAUUCAGAUGAAUUAUUAACAUACAGAUCAAUGCAAUGAGAAGUGGAUUAAUCAAAACAACGACCGUCUGUACUACGUCAUUGACCGGCAGCUGAUUGGACGAACGCGUCACGUGGGUCUAGGUACUCUCCUGAAUUUCAAAAGCAUAAUGGCGGCUCGUUCGGAGUGUACAAUCUCGUAUUUUACGAAAAUGGUUCAUCGAAACGUUUUUUUGAAGACAUUUUAAGCGAGAAAUAGGCUAUGCAGUUGCUGAAUCUGUCAUCAUUUCAGAUCCACAAAGGUCAGUUUGAAAGAUUUUCGUCAGAUUUUGAAAGGCGGGAAACGAGACGGCCGCUACUCAUUUGAAUACAGGUAGUUUGAUUCAACUAAUUCAACUAACAUGAGAAUGAGCGGGCAAAUCGAUGCUCCGCUUCUCAUGAAACUACCAGAAUACAUUGCACAGCUGCUCCCUUGAAGCGUGGACGUGAGGCUGACUUUGAACUAACGUGAUUCAGGAGUCGGAUACAGCAGACACGGAUGACUAUCAAGCUGCAUGUUUCCCAUCCUCCAUCCACGUGUAACUUAAGUCCAUUUCGAACAAGUUCUGUCCCUAUGCUUUGAGAGGUGUACCUCAUGAAAUACAUGACAGAAAUCAUGAAGAGGAACAAUGAGCAUAUCGUGAAGUUGAAAAUGGAGAAGACUUUCUCAUACAGGAAGCAAGAAAUCCUUAAAGGAGAGCCUUUGAUUGCAGACUUCAAAAGCAGAUGGCCAGCUCUGGUCACUGCGAAAAAGAUCGAUAGGGAGUUCCAUCGCAUAUCAACUUUACCUCUACUUUCUACAUUCUGUGCUGCUUUUGACCAGUACUCUCCAUGUCUGAUGGAGAUAUUUGAAUGCAAAGGUGGAGCAGCUGGAAGAAAAAUAAGAAAUGUCAUGGCGGAGACUUCCAAGGACGACACAAUUCAAACGAGACGAGCAUGUGUCCUCAAGUCCUUGUGCAUCUACUUGAAAGAAGACAACAAGAAACUUGUGAAGGAUUAUAAGAACACAAACCUCGAGGCCAGUGCUUCCAUGGAGCAAACUGUGAUGGGGGUGUAUGUCAUACAGAAGGAGGGUGCGGAGCCUGAAGAUAAGCCAGAGGACAUUGGUGUCCUGAUCGAAGGUGUGGAGGUCCUCCGUGAGUUAGGAAAUAUUAUGGACGCCUGUGCUUUGUUAUUUGGACUAAUGUACUGUCUGAACCUAAGUUACCCAGCAGACCUCAAAUGCACCUUUGAAUCUGAAAAUACCGAUCUCAUACCAGUGUUUUUAAAUUUUUUUUACAUUUCAUUGUUUUAACAGCUGUACUGCCUGUAUUGAUGUGACCAGUAUUGCAAUCUUGUAUGGUAAAUUGUUCCCAGUGUAGUAGCAAAAUGCUACAAUUGGCUGCAUGUGUACUUCAGACAAAAUGUUUUAUAAAAAGCACUGUUGCAUAAAUAAAAAUGUAAAAUGGAUUUGCACGUUUUUUUUUACAUUCUUGUCCUAGGAAUGAAAACAACACUAAUAAAACCAGCAAGAUUGAGACAAGUUCAUCCAACAACACUGACAUUACUAUAACUGACAAAAUCUAUACGAGUUGAUAUGUCAAGGUGGAAUUUUGUUCUACUGAAGUAUUUGACCAAUGUAGAAUAAACUCAAAUUGAUUUAACUAAACCGACUAAGAAAAAUCAUAUAAAUUAAACAAGAUGUAAAUGCGUUGAAUGCAAAUACCAAUAUUAUGUUUAACCAACACAUGUAUACUGUGUUCAAAUAACAUCAUGAAGGUUCGUUGACUUGACUUGGUUUGUUUAGAUGGAAUAUAGGUGGCAUGAUAAAAUCAUGUUCAUCCAAUGAAAUUGUUUUUUUGAGUGCAUGUUUGAUCCUCUCUCUAACCUGUUUUUUCAUGAGUCCACAUGAGUAUUCUCAUAUCUUUUGAUUUAAAAAUGUACACAUCACCAUUUCAUUGGAUGUUAUCCUUUUUGACAAGGUCAUUAAAAGGAGUUGAUUGGACAAACAAAUGAGUCUGCAUAUUUUCCUCGUUCAGCAUCUAUGUACUUGUUCUGUUUUGCUGUUAUUUUUCUUGUCUUAUAACAGAUAUUUAGUAGUGACGAUGUUUACUGUCUAUUGACAGUCUGCUGAAAAUCCCCUGACUAGUAGCCAUGUUGUCUGAUGUAAGAGUCAUUCAACAGCAUCCCUAAGAUUUUCACUUCAUUUUGAUGGGCCUAAUGUGGCAAGAGAUGAAAAGAUGAAUUUACCUCCAAGUAAAAUGACUCUCUACUGAAAGGUAAUUUAUAUGUAACAAACAGUAAGUAACGCAUUUCUGAAAAUACUUGCAAAAGAUGGAGUUUUGGCAGCCUAAUAUGCCUAAAGUUAAUUUAAAAUAUGAUGAUUUGCUACUUAUAGUCAACUGAAUGCUUACUGAAUGUCUGUUGAUACAUUGGUUAUUAACUAAAUACUGACAAAAAUUCUCUUACUUUGCUGUACUUGAAUUACUGAAAAGUUAUUGAAGAUUUGUUGCGUGUCUGCUAAUAGGCUGUUGAACAUGUUCAUCUUUAAUUGACAGCACAUUACUAACAGUUUCCUGACAAAAUGUUUAUUAGCCGUUUACAUGUUACAGAUAGUUUAAUGAUUGUUACAGAAACAUGUAAUAGACCAUCUACAGAUACUAUACUGAUGAGAGUAAGUAGAUAGUUGAAAAAUAACUGAUAGCCAACAUACUAUCUAUAGGGGGACCAUCAAAAUAAAGUGUUACCCUUUUUUAAAAUAUUUGUCUGUGUUCACAGAUCAUUCAAUCUAUCUCUGCUUGGAUGUUUCUCAAACAUGUCUGAUGUGGAGCUGGAUGAAAGAGUCUUUCAAGUGGUAUCUGGCAAUGAUUUGCUUGGUGCAGAGUCUGUAAGUGCUUUGGACUAAUCCAGAAGGGGCUGCUCGCAGAUCUAUGGCUUCCAGACUACACAGGCAUACAUACCGAGUUGCAGGGCCAAAUUCGUUGUGGCAUUUGUAUGGCAACCACAAACUCAUAAGGUGGAGAAUUGUUAUUCAUGGGGCUAUUGAUGGCUUUAGCCGACUGGUUACAUCUUUGGAAGCAUCAAAUAACAACAGAAGCACCACUGUGCUAGAGAAGUUUGUUAGCGCUGUCGACCAGUAUGGUGUUCCAUCAAGAGUUCGCUGUGACCAAGGUGAAGAAAACAACGCUGUUUGCAUUUUCAUGGAGAUUUUUCGAGCUUCUGCCAGGGGGAGUGCUUUAAGGGGGAGAAGCACCCAUAAUCAGCGAAUUGAACGAUUAUGGGGAGAUGUUUGGAGUGGAGUUGUUAAUGUGUACUAUUCUCUGUUUACCCUUUUGGAAAAUGAUUGAAUACUGGACUGUAACAAUGAGAGUCAUCUUUGGGCACUCCAUUACAUCUACCUUUCUCGAAUAAAUCGGGACUUAGGUCUUUUUAUAAGUCAAUGGAACCAUCACCGCUUGAGAAUUGCAAGGCACAUGUCACCAUAUCAAAUCUUUGUGCGUGGCUGUCUUUGCCUACAGGCUCGAAAUUUGACCGGGAUUCGGGGAGUGUUUGGUGCUGAUGAACACCAAGCUCAGUUGGAGGGAGAAGCACCCAACUUGCCGCAACUGCCAGCUUUUACCUGGCCAGACAGGGUUGAAGUCCCUGUGACAGAUUUUGUAAUAGACAAUGAACCCUUGGCUGAACAACGCAUUAAUCCCCUUGGAGGUCCAAGAGACAGCCUUGGAGUAGAUCUGUUGCAAGAGGUCAUUAGGAUCCUUGACUCCUUGCAGUAAGCUGUACAGAACUUUUAGAUUGACUCUUUGGGGUGGUUUCCCAGACAGGGAUUAGUUUAAGCCAGGACUAGGCCUUAGUUUAAUUGGGAAAUAGAACUAGUUUUUACAAACAUGCCUUACUAAAAACAUUACUUGUGUGCAUUUGAAGGCAAAACAAAUGGCACUGCUGUAUUUUAAGAUAUGUCAGGACAAGUUGUUUUCAGUUUGGAUACCUCUUAUAUUUAUUUUAGUUUAGGACUAGUCUAAUCUAAUUGUGCGUAGAUCAUUUUGUUUAUUUUUUGUUGAUUUUAUUUGUGCAACUUAAUAAAACUAACAACAUUAAA